AUGUCUUCUUCCAUGAAGGCUUUGGUCACCUCCGCCUUGUUGGCGGUGGCUCACGCCCAGGGUGUUAUCCUCAAGGCUCAGGGCCCAAAGGGUCCUGCAUCUCUACCUCUUCAAGUCGACACUAAGAAGGCCGACGCCAACAUUAUCAACACCAAGGAGGUUACUGAUAACGCCGUCAAUGAAUGCGGCCGCACCAUCCUUGGAGGCAACAUUGACAUUGGCGAGAACACCGAAAACCAGUUGAUUGCGAAGACCGUCACACAGGUUACCCAGGGUAGCACCGUCGAUGUUCAAAUCGCACAAAUCAGCCAGGAUGGUGUCGGGCCUUACACCUGCGAUAUGGAUCUCACCAGCAAUGCCAACGGUGCGACGGGACAGACUCCUCUUCAGGUCCAGGAGAGCAAAGCGCAGAACGGCAUUAUCAAUCUCAAGGUUACGAUGCCUAGUAACAUGACCUGUGUCGGAGCUUCCACCGGUGACGUUUGCACCGUCCGCUGCUUCAACUCUGCUGCAAAGGGCCCCUUUGGUGGCUGCUUCGCUGUACAGCAAACCGAUACCACACCCAAGCAGAACACCCCCGACAACAUCCCGACUGCUCAGACCUUGGACGGAAUCCUCACUCAAGUUCAGCAAAACGCCAAGGAUCUCCCGGCCGCUGUCAAGUCUAACCAGGAGGCCGCGACACAGGACGAGCAAGGUGUUGCUGCUAUCAAGGAGAUUCUCGGCAACAAUGCGACGCAGGAGGCUGCUGGCCCUGCCGGUAAUGCCAACACUGGCAACAAUAACAACAACAACAACGCUGGUAACCGUAAUGGUGGCAACAGAGGCAAUGGCAAUAACAAUAAUGCUAACAACGGCAACCGUAAUGGCAAUAACAACAAUGCUAACAAUGGCAAUGGUAACCGUAACGGCGCGAACAACAACGCCAACAACGGUAACGGUAGAAACAACAAUGCCAACAACGGCAACGGCAAUGGCAGAAACAAUAACGCCAACAACAACAACAACAACAACAACAACAACAACAACAACAACGCCAACACCAAUACCAACAAUGGCAACGGCAGAAACAACAAUGCCAACAAUAACAACAACAACAAUAAUGCCAACACCAAUAAUGCCAACACCAACAACGCCGCCAACACUAAUGCCAACAACAACAACGGCAACGGCAAUGGAAACCGUAUUCAGCCUGCCCAGCUGGCUAACAACAACAAUAACGGCAACGGCAACGGUAACAAUGGCAAUGGCAGGAACAACAACAACAAGCGGGACAUCCCCCGUUCGCGCUUCGCCAGAAGGAACCGCGUUCCCCAGUACUAA